GGGUUUCCAAAAACCCCCCAUCUUUCAUUGCUCGACUUUGCUCAAUCAUGCAUUUCCUCAAAAACUAUCUUCUCUAGUCCAGCAUUUCUUCAUUACAGCUUCUGGGUUCUUCACAUUUCAAUCCCCAGACACAACUGUUUUGCUCUUUGCUGAAAAGGUGUGAACUUCAGUUCUUGUUGCCAGUAAAGGUCAAAGAUUGGUACUUUUUGCACUAUCUAGAUUGAAGUUUGAGUUUUCAGAAGGUCGUGAUAUAAUUUAUGGGGAAAUCUGGGGGUAGGAAAAAGAAGGGUGCAAUUAGCCAAAACCAAAACCAAGCUUCUGCUGGGGAAAAUAAUCAUGCACCUGUUAUUAAUGGUGCUGUUGAUUUGGACUGCUUCAGUUUUUUUGAGAAGAGCCCACGAGCUUUAAAGAAGAGGGAAAUAAAAGAUUUUCAGGGCAAGGAUUUAUGCAGGGGCUCUUUUCAACAGUAUGAUAUUGCCCUUAAACUGAUCCCGAAAACGCACCCAGAAAGAGCUGUUUUUCAUAGCAAUAGAGCUGCUUGUUUAAUGCAAAUGAAGCCCAUAGACUAUGAUAGUGUGAUUUCGGAAUGUACUCUGGCACUUCAGGUUCAGCCUGGAUUUGUUCGGGCCCUUUUGCGGAGGGCUCGUGCUUUUGAGGCAGUAGGGAAGCAUGAAAUGGCGAUGCAAGAUGUGCAAGUGUUAUUGAGUGCUGACCCGAAUCACAGGGAUGCACUGGAGAUUGUGGGGAGAUUGAGGAUGGCGCUUGGCCCACGCCAGGAGGCCCAACAGGACCUCCAGAGUCGCCCAUCGCCUGCUGCCCUGGGUGCUUCUGCUGUCCGGGGAGCUCCGAUUGGUGGCCUUGGACCUUGUUUGCCAGCUCGACCAGUAUCAAAGAAGGCAGCAACUCCAGCUGUGGGAUCAGCUUUAUCAGCUAAUAAUAAGCCAGAUAAGUCUUGUCCAGCUUUGCCAACUGAAAAUUGUCCAGAAGCCAAAUCUCAAUUACCAAACGUUGUUUUAAAGCCGUCACAGGGUUCUUCCAAACCGAGUGCCAUUUCAGUUAAGGAGAGUAAGGAACAUGGAUCAUCUUCAUCAUUGCCAGUUUCAACACAUGCGCAAUCUGUUGAGGUUGUAACUCGAUGGAGACCAUUGAAGCUUGUUUAUGAUCACGACAUUAGACUUGCUCAAAUGCCUGUGAGUUGCAAUUUUAAGGUGUUAAGGGAUAUCGUAGGCAAACGGCUCCCGAUGUCAAAGUCUGUUCUGAUUAAGUAUAAAGAUAAUGACGGUGAUUUAGUUACAAUUACAUGCACGGCUGAGCUUCGAUUGGCUGAGUCCUGUGUUGACUGGCUUAGUCCGAAAGACCCUGAUAGUGAUAAACAAGAUUCAGCUGGGACGUUGAGGUUGCAUAUUGUAGAGGUGAGUCCUGAACAUGAGCCACCUUUAUUGGAAGAGGAAGAAGAGAAACCUGCCGAGACUGAGGCAACUAAAGAAGAUGAAAAUGCAUCUAACUCUUCACUAGGUGAGUCUGUUGUGGAACCUGUGGACAAUGAAGUUGUUAAGACAGAAAAGCCAGCUCCAAAGGAGAAAACUGGAAUAUCAGAAGAUCCUGAGUGCAAGGAAGUGGAGAUGGAUGACUGGUUAUUUGAGUUUGCACAGUUGUUCCGAAGCCAUGUCGGUAUUGACCCAGAUGCUCACAUUGAUCUUCAUGAGCUUGGGAUGGAGCUAUGCUCUGAAGCUCUGGAGGAGACAGUGACAAGUGAAGAAGCUCAAAUCCUUUUUGAUAAGGCCGCUUUAAAGUUUCAGGAAGUAGCUGCUCUAGCUUUCUUUAACUGGGGAAAUGUACACAUGUGUGCAGCAAGGAAGCGGAUUCCUAUAGAUGACUCAGCUUCAAAGGACUUGAUGGCCUCACAACUUCAAGCUGCUUAUGACUGGGUCAAGGAAAAGUAUUCGUUGGCCAGAGAGAAGUAUGAGGAGGCACUUUCUGUCAAACCAGACUUUUAUGAAGGUCUCUUGGCACUUGGGCAGCAGCAAUUUGAAAUGGCAAAGCUCCAUUGGUCCUUUGUUGUGGCAAAGAAAGAAGACCUAUCAAAGUGGGAUCCUACGGAGACCCUACAACUUUUUGACAGUGCAGAAGAAAAAAUGAAAGUAGCUACUCAAAUGUGGGAGAAGUUGGAAGAGCAUAGAGCAAAUGAACUGAAGGAUCCUGGAGCAGCAAGUAAGAAGGAAGAACUGUUGAAAAGACGGAAGAAGCCAGGAAGUGGAGUAGAAAAUGAGGGCUCAUCUGCUGGCAGUCAGGGGGCACUUUCAGCUGAUGAAGCAGCAGAACAAGCUGCUGUGAUGAGAUCUCAAAUACAUCUAUUCUGGGGUAAUAUGCUUUUUGAACGAUCCCAAGUUGAAUUUAAAUUGAAUUUGACUGGUUGGAAGAAGAAUUUGGACACUGCAAUCGAGAGAUUCAAGCUUGCUGGAGCCUCUGAAACAGACAUUGCAACAGUUCUGAAGAAUCAUUGCUCCAAUGAAGAAGCUAGUGAGGGACAAGAGAAAAGAAUUGAGAAUGUAAGCAUGGCUCUUUCUAGUAAGAUAGAGGAUCCAAAUGAGGUAACUCAAACUUCAGGGGAGUAAUUUGUUUGGAGUGCAUGAGAUUUCUUAUAGCUUCAGCCAAAUACCUUACCAUUUUCCUCAUCCUCAAGUUUCAUGGGUAAGAGAUUGUCCAUCUCUUUUGCAGAAGGGUUAACGUUUUUCACUCGCAUUUUUAAGACAGAAUGGGCAUCAACAUUCUUGAUACAUGUUCUUAAUCGAACAGUUUUGUUUCUUGGGGUAUGCUAAUAAUUUUGAACUUUCGACUGAUGCUAAUGUUAUAGUGCUAAGGAGUCUUCAUUGCUUAGGAUCUAAAUUAUGGCUUCAGGCUGCAAUAGUUAUAUUCCACACUUGACUCAUGGAUUUUAUUUUUUAUUCCCAAUCCGUGUAGUGAACUUUUAUGAAAUGAGAUGAUGUCCUUUCCUGCACUA